UGUUUUUAUGAAAGUAGUAAAAAGUUGUUCAUGCAAUGCUCAUGGUCAGUUAUGACUCCUUACUGUAUGAUAUAGUGGGAUUUGUAACAGUGGCGUAGGAAGCACGAUAGUUAGGGGGGGGCACAAGGCAGAACUUGAAUACAUAGAUAUGAGCCGUAAUUCUUUGGCGCUUACUAUUGUCUUUGAUGCACAAAAUCCAUAUAUUGAUAUAUAUAGAAAUAGAUCACGUGGAACAUCAGCGAUAAAUCACGACAUAUGAAAACCAGGCUUUAUUUCUUCAUUAUACUACAUUAGUUCCGCGAGUGCCCUGCAGCAAAGAAUGUAUACGCUACGUACACUUUGUUUCAUAGUCGGAAGAAAAUGUGCGCUGUUCAGUUAUUAUUUAAUAGCGAUAUUGCAAUCAUCGACUGCCGGAGUUCCCGGUGACAUUUGAGAACCAGAUUUUAGCGAGUAAACAAUGAAAUGUGGCAACUGGCAACAGCACUGAGCAGGUCAUUGCAUGCAACUAAUUUUUAUAUAGCGUUAAUACUCUUCACAAGAAAAUUGAUUAAUAUUUUUUGUUUUAUAAGACCAUGGGGGCAAACAACAGUCGAUUACCAGGUCAUGUAUAUUCAUAUAUCAGGACUGUUCGUGGAGUGCUAACUCCAGGUCAUAUAUAUUCAUAUAACAGGACUCUUAAAAAGCCAACUCCAGGUCAUGUAUACUCAUAUAACACGACUGGUUAUAAAAAGUCAAAUGUACUGACAGUAGCCUCCAAUAUUGACAAUCAGGAAAUACGUCGAUUGUGGUCUUAUAAUAGUGGGUCUGGGACUGGAAAAUACGUGUUUAUUACAGACAACGGACCUGGUAAAGUUUUAUGUUAUGACUAUUCUAAGUCGUAUUUCGUCAAGGCCACUGGUGACGCUGAAGGGACAACUUUAGCUCUAACUGACAUCACGUUCCUCGAAAUACAACGAAGGCCGGAUCCACAACUGUUUCAACUGCAGUUCAAUAAAAAUAACCAGGAUUACUACCUCACUGCUUCAGAACGUGAUGUGGUCGCAGUUGAUGGGGCUAAUGAUGCAACAUCAUUUGAAGUUAAGCAAUUGUUCCAACCAAACAGUGCUUUUUGUGUACUUCAAUCCAAUAAAAAACAAGGAACAGAUGACUUGUACUUGAGCAGUGAUGGAGCUGGAAAUAUGAAAUUGAAGGUUUGGAACAAACCUAUUCCGCCCCCUCCAGACACAACCGCAGAGGUUGACCCUGCCUUGCUAUUUCGGGUUGUUAGGCCAUAUGGAAUGACCUAAAUCUGUUAGUUGCAAACAGUAGUGAAGACAAUUACAGUGCGAGAGGCUUGUGUCCGAGACAUAUUGCUUUGAUACCCAUUGUUAAAAUAAUCUACCAUAUAGUCCCUCUCCCUCAUCUAAGUCUUGAGGAGUUGGAUAUUUUACAGUAAGAUAAAGAAAUUAAAGAAAUACAUAUACAGAAAAAAAUA